UCCUUUCUCUUUGCGCAUGCGCGACAAAUGUUGCUGCCGUAGCCGGACAGCAGCAGCAGCACGGAGAAUCAACACACUGGGGAUGGUCGCUUCAUUUUUUAAACCAAUAUCAACGUUAUAUCUCCACAAAAUGAAGUUUCCCUACUCGUAGCUUCGUGAGGAGACACAGAGGAGGAAACUCCAUGUCAGCAGAGAGGCAGAGGUGCUGUGGCUUAAUGUGUCCGAGGGUAGAGAAAACAGUGAAGCCAGGAGUCCCACUGAUGCUUUCACUAACAUUCAUCUCACCAGUAAUCCACGAGAGAGUGCCCUCAUUAGGACUGCACCACUGUGAGAAUAUGGUGAGGAGGUGUCCCAUGCUGCAUUAGUGGAAUAGUGACAUGCUGGCCUGUCUGCCGGCAUCAGGUGACCCUACCAUCAGACUUCUCUCCCGUACGCAGAUGAACACUGGACUUCAGAAAUGGGAAACUACACAGAAGAUGAGAUCUGCCAGCUAUCCAACCCCAGCAGAGUUGGAUGCCUAUGCUAAAAAAGUUGCCAACAACCCUCUGACCAUCCAGAUCUUCCCCAACAGUGUCAAAGUACCUCAAAGGAAGCACAUUCGCCGCACAGUCAACGGGCUCGACACCUCCUCGUCCAGCCAGCGCCACAGUCCCUACCCCUCUCAGGUCAGCUCCAGUAGGGGCCUGCUGGCUGUCCUCCGAGCGCCCGCCAAAGGCGUCAUCAAAGAGUCGGACGGUAGCCGCGUCCGACACCUUCAUAAAGCCGUCAUGAACCCUCACAGUGGGCCGUACGCCACUCAAAGCACUUUAAAUCUUCCUCAGCCGGCUCCUCACCUACAGGGCCCGUCUCAGCCCGCGGCCCAGGCUGUCCAGAAGCAGGGGAUGGUUCACCCACAGGCGCUACAGCAACAGCAAAGCAUGGCUCAUCCAAUGACUUUACAGCAGCCUCAAUCUCUGCCUCACCCCCAGGCUUUACAGCAGAGGAGCGUGGCUCAUUCACAGGCUCUGCAGCGGCAGCAGAGUUUGUCCCAGGUUCAGACUUCACAGCAGCAGAGAUUGGCUCACCCACAGGGGGUCCAGAGGCAGCAGAGCCUGCCUCACCCGCAGGCUCUGCAGCAGCAGCAGAGCCAGUCCUGUCCACCAGUCGUACCACAGCAGCAUCUCUCUCACCUGCAGACACUAAAGCAUCCUCCGGCUCCUCCGCAAGCUUUACUCACACAACCAGGAGCGACUCAGGAUCUGCGCCACAUGUCUGACGGAGCUCAGCUUCCGAGCCUGCAGCACACCCAGGGGCUGGUGGGUUCACAGCCCCUCCCCCAGGCUGUGGGUGCAGGACCUCCUGCCAUGCCUAACAGCCUCCAGCAGCCUCCGCCGGGGGCGUACGGGCCCCGGAAGCUUCCUGACGCAGACGCCCCACCAAAUGUAACUGUAUCUACCUCCACCAUCCCACUGUCCAUGGCAGCCAGCCUGCAUCAGAACCGGCCCAGCGACCUGAGCAGCAUCGUGCACCAAAUCAACCAGCUGUGCCAAGCUCGAGCCGGCAUGGGCACCACCUCAGUCUGCGAGGGCCAGAUCGCUAACCCCAGCCCCAUCAGCCGCAACCUGCUGAUCAACGCCAGCUCGAGAGUGUCUUCUCACCCCGGGGCUCUGGGCUCAGUGCCCAGCUGCCUCAUGGUGGGACCCCCAGACAAAGCUACAGCUCAGACUACCAGUGCUGCUCUGCUUUCACAGCCCAACAUACCUGCUACUAACAGUCUACCUGCCUUUCACACAGACCCAGAGAAGGUUCACCUGCAGCAGCAGCAGCAGCAGCAGCAGCAGCUUCAGCACCAUUUACAUCAGCAGAAACAGCAGCAGCAUUUACAGCAGCAACAUUUACAACAGCUACAGCAGCUGCAGCAGCAGCGCUCCUGGGCUCAGCACCAGAUGGCCCACAUGCAGCAGCCGCCGGAGGGGGCCCAUCCAUGCAAGAACCCCCGGAUGGAGCCUCCAGCUGAGUGUGCUUUCCCCUCUCGAAACCUCAGCUACCCCCACAAGCUACCUAACGCUGCACAGUCCUUUCCUCUUAAACACCCCACAGAAAAACCACGACCUUCAUCCCCCGUUAACUGCCCGGUAGGUUCUAUGCCUUACAUUAAUGGCCACUACAUGCAGCCACCGUGGGGCAGCAUCCCAGCCACAGCAGGUAACAACGUAUCCGGCCCUCAGGACCUCCCGGUGGCUUUCCAGGGGGGGCAGGCUGCAGCCUCCACAAACCGCAUCCCAGGGGCAAAGUACCGGCCGGGGAAGGAGUGUCCUCCUGGCCAACCCAAGCUGAUGCAGAAUGUGGAUUUCUUGGGAGGGGAAUUCCAGCUGCCCAGCUUUCAGGAGCAGAACAUGGAUGUGAUGGGGAAGAUGCACAGGUCAGCCAUGGGUCAGGUUCAGGAGCCCAACAACGGCGGAGGAGUCCACACUCAUCACCCAGGCUACCGUUAAUGUGUGCGUUCACCUCCCUCCUCGAUGUGUUUUGAGUUUCCUCAACAGCUACUUUCAGCUUCUGUGGUUUAUUCUUUAAGAUCUUGCAAGUGAUCAAUUACAUUUUAUUGCUCCAGAGCUCGAUUUGUAGACCCACCAGGUUGUGAUGUUUCAAAGUAUUCCUCAGGUCUUAAGCCAUGUCGUCGCAGAUGAAGGGUUUUGGAGAUUGUUGUCCACCGUUGAGUAGAAAAUCCUCUUUUCAUCACUGGCAUGGACGCGCUUCUCUUUGUUCAUGUAUAUACGGUGUUCUAAAUACUCAUUGCUUGCCAUGAUUGUCACAGUGCUUCUCCUCGGUUGACAUGGAACAACUUUUUUCAGCAUUUGUGGCCUUACAACUGCCCAAAGGCAAGAUUUAGGAUGUCUUGUGUAAUGUUUUUAUUUGAAAUUUAUUUAUCCUCUUAACAGGUUUCUGAUCCAUUUAAAUAAGAAGGUAAUAUGUAUAUGCAAUUAAUAAGACUGUUGAAAAGGUUUUUGUCCCCGUAGUUAGUAGCCAGAACUCCUCUAUCAGGAAAACAAAAUGGCUUCUGAACUGCACCGUGAGUGCGUGCGCAGGAAACGGCUAACGAUCACUGUUAAGUAGAAUUUGAUAUAAAAUAAGACAAAGCCAGCACUAGCAAAAACCGUAACGUUUUCCAUUUCUUUGAUUCGUGUAGUUCUCCUAUGUUUGGAAAGUGCCCUCGUGUGUGAUAUUUCAAGAGUUGCUUUUGAAGUAGUUAUUCUUUUAUUUGUGGUAUUUCUGUAGAUGGUCCUACUUGAACUGUAGAAAUUACUUUUUUAAAAAUGUUAUGCUGUAACAUUUGGCCGGAGGAGCAGAAACUCCAUUAGCCGCCGCCCCCUUAUUUUGUUCAUAGCUAAUGUGAAAAAGAAAGGCAUCCCAUCCAUUAAUACUGAAAUGGCGUGCGUAUGUCGGUAUGUGAAAAGCAAAUUGAUCACUUGCAAGCGUGCAAGUACUUCAGAUAAUGCAAGCUGGGAAAAUGCUUCAUUAACACAUUUCCUCACCACUUUACUGCUGUAACACGAGUGAACUGAUGUGGUGUGGACUGGAUCCGUGUGGCUCGUGGUGGCUGUUCACCUGCUGAUCCCCGGCCUCACCCUGUGUUGUAUUUCUGCUACCUAUAAAGAAAAAUAAGAACAUUUUAAUGCAGGUUAGAAGUUUCUAGCACGAUGAAGCUCUGGACGCGUUUCCUCCUCUAGUCCUUUUUUCGGGUUGAUGUUGUCGGGGCAUAUUUUUGCUCUGCUGGCCUCAAGCCUUCUGGAAAAAGCCUUAAAUGUCACAGUAGUUAAUCCUCGACUUUCAUACUUUCUCUGCCAGGGUCCAAACUUAAAGGAACAGUUCACCCCACAAAAUGAAAAUUCAGUCAUUCUCCGCUCACCCGCGUGUCGAUGGAAGUUUUGAAGUCUGCAAAACAUUUCUGGAGCUUCGUAACAAAACAGCGUCACAGCGUUCUUCUAAACAACUGAAGCACCUGAUGACUUCUUUUAAAAUGCUUAAAAAAACCAACUGAAAUCGAAUCCAAAAUGGCUCCUUACAGCUCAUCAGGCUUAACUCAUAUUUCCAGAAGCCGUGAGAUGUGAUUUAAAGAUUUCAGUUUUAAAAAACGUCUCGUUUGUUCCCUCGCUGCCUCCAGAGACGUGGAUGAAGCUGCUUGAGCUGUGUGGAGCCAUUUUGUUUUGUUUGUUUGUAUGUUUUUUAAGGAGAAUGCUGCAGCGUUGUUUCGCUGUGAAGCUCCAGAAACGUUGUGUCGACUGUGAACGGUCUCCUCACGUUUGUCGUCAACAUGUUGGUGAACAGAUAACUACAUUUCUCUUUCUUUGGGGCGAACUGUUCCUUUAGGCGUGGCUGCGCUGACAGAAAGAGUAAGUCUUUUUUUUCCCUUUGGUUCAUUUGAAAUCUGUUUAAAGUGUACUGUCAGAUCACGGGGCAGUGUUAAUAUGUAUACGCAGUGGGAACAGGUGAUGUUGCCUUAAGUUGAAACAUUAAGGUGAUGAUGCUACUCGUACCCGUCUGUCCCACUGUCUUAAAUGUUGCCUAUCAAGAUGAUUUUAAGAGUGAAAUAUGAAUAGUAUUUAGCAGAAUAAAUAGGUAUGUAGAAACAGGGCUGUAGCAGUUAUUAUUUUAAAGUAUUUGGACUGUGUUUUAGUUGGUAUUCUUAAUAAAUAUCCUUAUUAUAGUUUAAUUUAUUUGUUUUGGACCACUGCAUCCUGAAGCCAUAGGUGUUUUUCACGUUAGGUGCCAUAGGUGACACACACAGGUGAACUGAACUGCGAGAAAAUUAAGAGGUUUGCAUCCAUGCUUUAAUCUGAUGUCUUUCACAGCGCUGAGCAUUUCUUCUUCUCAGAUUAGAGUACAGGUCAAAAGGGAGAGAGAGAGACAGAGAGAGAGACGGUGGCGAGGAAGACAGCUGAGAUGCAAGCCGUAGCUUUCCUGGAUUUCUUUGGUCUUCAUACUUGAUGGCAGUUUUCUUUUGUUUUCUGGCUCUCAUUUUUUUGACGUGCCUGCCCCUUAAAGCUGCUAUUGACUUUAAUCUUAACACACACUAGUAUGAUUUGUGUGUGCGUGUGUAUGAAUAGUAAUGAUGUAUGGGCUGUAUCAAUGAAAAGAAGUUCCUAUUUAUGAGACGGGCGCAGGGCCAAAACAAAAAUGCCACGACUGAGAUGCUGGUAAAAAUGUGUUUAGAUGAAUAUUCUCUCUGCUAUAUUUGGAGAUGACCAGUAUUCAGAGUGGCAGAGUGAUUCUUCAGAGUCUGACCCACUUCAGCUUAAAGGAACAGUUCACCUAAAAUGAAAAUUCACUUACCUACGAAGCCCGCUCGCCAACUAAAAAGAAGUCAGGUGAAGUUUCAUAGACCACGAAACAUUUUCUGUAGCUCCACAUCAAAACAGCGUCACAGAGUUCUCCCACUCAACCUGAAGCAGCUGGAGACUUGUCUUAAAACGUGAAAAUCAAAAUGGCUUCAUACAGUUUGUCUGAUGUAGUGGAAGUCUCUGGAGAUCCCAGAUUUAUUUGAAAACACCUUUUUAAAACCUAAAUCUUCUCUGUAGCUUCUCAGCUGAAAGUGUUGGCACAUCGAGGGUGUGCAUGACGACUUUCUCAAAUCGAUUUGGGAUCUUUGGGCUUCCAGAGGCUGAAUGUUCCCCUCAGUUAUACGUACGGAGAUCACGAGCCUGAACACUAAUAUAAAUGCAGGUGAUUUCUGUAUCGUGAUCGAGGGAGAAUAUAAUUUCUGGCCGACAUUAUUCAAGUGACAUUUUAAUAAUGUAAUUGUUUUACAUGUGCUUAAGAAGUUAUUUGUUUAUUCAGUCGGCAACUGAGAGAAAAACUACAUCGUCCCUCCUGCAGCGAUGGUGGAUAAUUAAAUCACUGAAGUCUUGACAGCCCAGGUUUAUGUCUGAUUAGCCGUGUGGAGCCAUUUUGUGUUUAUUUGAAUUUUCUGUCAAGUUUAUAUUUAAUCAUUUCAAAUCAAAUUGGGGUCUCGGUGAUUCCAGAGAUGUGGAUUAUUACACAAGACGAUCUGUGUGGAGUCACAUCAUGUUUAUUUCUUUGACUGUUCUUUUUGUUUUAAAACAAACAAACAAACAGUCUCCAGCUGCUUCGGUGUAGAAGAAGAACUCUGCGAUUAAUUUUUGCUGCGAGGCUCCAGAAAUGUUUUGUGGACUACAAGACGUCAGAAAUCUUAUCAGGGGGCUGAGAGAUGACUGGAUUUUUUUUUACAUGUUUAUGUGAAGUGCUCCUUUAACUUUUGAACCAACACUAAGCAGUCCGACAGACCCGCCCUGUGUAUUCUGAACUGCCUCGUUACAGCCCGACACAGUCAGGUUCUACAGUUUCAUAUGAAGUGCCUCCACUGGGCUUAGUAUGGAGAAGUGUGUGAGUGGGUGCUUGCGUGUGUGGAUGUUAAAGCUUGGGUACUUGCACACAGGUGUGCACGCUGACAAAAGGUGCACGAAGUUAAUCUCUGACGGGGGACCAAGCUACUCUAGUGUAACUACUGAUACUGUGUCAUGGACUGAAGUCCUGAAGUGUGCCACGAUUCCCAGACGCUGUCGGGAUGUGUGAACUGUUUGCUGCUGACUCACUGACCAAAGUGACCAAGCGUCCCUCUCUGGAUCCACCCGGCCAGCUUGUUCCUGGAGCUCCUGCUCUGACAGUAAUGAGCAACAACCUGGUGACAUACAGGAGAGCUGCUGCCCUCGUUUGGACGGUUGAAGAAAUAUCUCGUCAAAUUAAACGUGUAAAGAUGUGAACGGAGCGUGAAGAAAUCUAGAGCGAGAGGUUCCUGUCUGCACAGGGGCCCCAGUUUGUUUCCCCCAGAAAGAUUCAGAUGUUCCUAACAUGCAGAAACAGUUCGAGUCAACUCGCACUGCAAGAAUCUCCUAAAGCACAUGUAGCUCAUCCUGUCAGUCCACCAGAAGGCGAUAUUUAUCAGGGCUCAGCACCAAACGACCCGCUCUGGAUUUCUUGACCCUCCAUUAAUAUGAUGAUGUGUGAUGAUCAGGUGGAUCAUGUGUGAACGGUGGUGGAGGGGGGCCGACUUUCUCUACUUUGUGAAAAUGUGA